GUUUUGGUCGCUUAUAUCGCGCUUUUCAUAUUUGAUUUGAGCGAAAGAGGCAUUCAAUGGUUUGAUCCCUUCUUCACUAUAUGGGAAGUGGAUUCCAGAUUUGCUCUUAUAUUCAUCAUAACAGCCAGUAUUGCUUCGAUCGGAUACUUCAUGUUUUUAUGCUUUCAUAUUUGGCUUGCGUUUCGCAAUAUAUCAACUAAACAGUCGAGUUUGCCGUCGAUGUCAUCGACUCGUCGUCUUAUAUAUCAAGGAAUCAUAUAUCGGUUCAAAUUCCUUCUGUUGGCAACACUGGUUUGCGCGGCCGCCACUGUUGUCGCCUAUAUUAUGGGACAGGUAACCGAAGAUCAAUGGCAUUGGGAGGACGCGGACCCGUAUGUGGAACCUCUUCAAUGGACGAGUGCUAUGUUUACCACAGUCUAUGCUCUUUGGAAUUGUUAUGUAAUAACUCUACUUAUACUAUACGCGCCCUCACAUAAAGAGCUCGGCCAAAAUGUGGAUUCAAUGUCCGAAGAGAUUGAGUUUAAUCGCCUCACAGAACACGACGAGAAUAAUGAACACAAGACAGAGAACGUGAUGGGAAGCAGUGGCGGCACUUCCGAAGCCAGUGAUAUGAGUCUAUUACAACAUUUGGCCACAAAGUCCAACAUUGACUGAAUAAUCGACAACUAUUUAUUGACAAUUCGCACGCUUUCUAUGUUUUUUACUCAAUAUUUAUUGCUUUCAUUCAUUGCUUUUAUCGAUACUAUUGUUUAUAUUUUAUCAUUUUUUUCGCUGUU